UUCUGGAUUUGUUCUUACGAGCGGCUCAGUGCUCUCCAUUAUCACCAACUUUUUUUUUACAAAAUUCCUUUAGAUAAAGAGGUAAUUUAUUCUCGCGUUUAAAAUCAACGAAGCGAAAUAUACACAAAUUGACGUUUCCCACAAUCACUUUAUUCAGUCCAACUGCUCUUUGAACUAUUUCCCACGUAAAGUACGUUUUGUCGUCAUCGCUACGGUCUAUUUCUGUUUGCUGUCACAUGGGAAUUUUGUGAAGUAGGAGUUCUGUGUUGUGUGUUUAGAUAAUACUCAGACUGAGCAUUCUGACAGACAUCUAGCUGUGUACUGCAAGGGCAUCUGUAUUCCCUGCCUGAUCUUAUUCCUCUGAUUUAGAGAAACAGUUUCACACUGCUGCUUGUGCUGCACACUUGAACCCCUGAUGGCUGAAUUAAGAAGAUCUGCUUACAGGAUGGAUGCAGACUCAUGCAAGCUGGUAAAAGCAACACUGAAAAGCCCUGUAGGGAAGAUUGACAUAGUUGGGUGUGAGAAAGGGAUACAUGAGAUACACCUUCAGGAAGAUGCAGUACCUGGCAAGAGGACUAAAGAGGCCUCAUUUACUUGUGAGGUAUGUGAAGGCCUGGAGGAAAUGACACCAAUGUUGGAACAGUGUGCAGCUUGGCUUCAUGCCUAUUUCUGCAAGCCUCAAGUGAUAGAAACACUUCCUAUUCCUUCCUUUCACCAUCCAGUUUUUCAACAAGCUACAUUCACCAGCCAAGUGUUAUGGACCCUUCUUAAGAAUGUGAAAUUUGGAGAGAGAGUCUCUUACAAAUAUUUAGCUGACCUAGCAGGCAAUUCUAAAGCAGCGAGAGCAGUGGGAGGAGCAAUGAGAAGCAAUCCUGUACCAGUCAUUGUGCCAUGUCAUAGAGUGGUCUGCAGUGAUGGUCAGAUAGGCAGCUAUAUGGGAGGAAAGAACUGUCACCUUAAACAGUGGCUGCUGACACAUGAGAAGCUCAUAAAAGAAGAAAAGUAACAUCUUGAUGCACUUGUGUUGUAGCUGUAACAUGGCCCAGCCAUGUAAUUGCAGAUAUUUGGAUUAUAACAAGCUUUCAGAACACGAUGUAGAAUUCAGGGAAAUGGUAAAUAUUUGAGUGACAUAUAAAUAUAAUACAACAUCCAAAGUGAAAUGUGUAGAGGCUCUACUAUAUUAAAAAAGCUGGAUAUAUCCUAAGGGACGCAGCUUUUAUGCCCUUUCUUGUUUUUACAUUUUACAGCAGAAUGAAUACAGUGGCCUAUGCCUGUCGUGCAUGUAUUUUGUUCCCAUCUCCAGCUCUGUUUUGUUCUAUUUUUAAUGCCCAUUAAAGCAAGGAUAAGGGAGUGGGAGGGGCAUGGCAAAUGUUAGGUGCAAUUGCCCCUCUAAGGAAGCAUCUGGCUUGCAGAGGGGACAGCCGGCAGUCUGGAGCUUUGCGUGUUACAAAGAGCAAAGUGAAAUCCGAAAGCUUCAGCACACGCCUCUCAAUUCCUGCCCUGUAUUGUAUUUGUUCAGAUUGGAAAACUGUUUCUCGGCCAACAGUGGUGCUAAAGAUUGUCCUGUUUUCUUUGAUGUUUGAACUUUUGAAAAGAUGUUUUACAUAAACAUUUGUUAAUAAAGCACAGAAAAUGCUGGAAGGAAACUACUUUUGAGUUAGCUUUUUUAUCAUAAAUGUUACUGUGUUUUAAGCAGCAUUUUGAAUAAAAUAUUGCUAUCAGCUUGAACAAAAGCUAUUCCAGAGUGUUAGAAAUCUGACUGAUAAUGUGUUUGGUCACAGUGUCAGAUGUUUCAUUGUCUCUGCCUGCGUAAUAAAUGAAGUCAAGUUUGUAUUGCUUGCUGUUUUAUGCACAGAAAAGUGAAUGUGUGUUGAUGUUAUAACACAGUUUUCCAAUUAUGUUGGUUCAUUUAUCUGUCUAUUCAUCUGCGUAUAUGUCUGCUUAUUUUAAUGUGUAUUUGUUACUGAUUGAACAAGCCUGUUACAAAAGGGAAUAUGUAGUGAGUGCUGUUUUCCAAAAUUAUGUUCUGAGCUAGUUAGUUAUACAGGUAAUUUAAAUCGCAAAACUGAUGUUGUAGAAAGUAUUAGAGAAAAGAUGGAGUCUCAGACUAAUUUUUGCAACAUAUUUUGUGUGCAGUUAAUUUCAAGUGUUUUAUAGGUGCAGUUUUUGUGGCCUUUCUGGACCUCAGCAACCAACACAGGACCUUAACUGGAGAACACUAGUGCUAAUGCUAUAAU